AAAAAAAAAAGCCAAAAAGAAAGGAAUACGAUCAUUAUAUAUAGUUUAAAUUCUGUGUUCUAAUGGCUGAUCGAAUUCUCCCGAAAGAGCUCCACGUCGAGGCGAUACAUACGGCGAUGCCGUGCCGAGUGACGGAGCCCGGGCGGCGUCCCCGCCACAUCACCACCGGCGCCACCUACGCCGCCCCACUCUUUCAGAGUCGGCUCCGCAUCAUACUUUACUACAGUAGCGCCGGGAAGGAGGAGUCGGCGUGGAUGGUGGCGGCGUGGAUGAAGGAGUCGCUGAGCGUGGCGCUGGCGGAGAGGCCGGAGCUGGCGGGGCGCCUUCAGAGAGCUGCUGUUGGGGAGGGAGAAGGAGGGUGGGCGGUGAAGCCGAACGACGCCGGGGUUCGGCUCGUGCAGGCGGCGGUGAUGGAGGUCAGCACGGCGGAAUUCUUGGAGGGCGCCACAGCGACGGCUGAGGCAGACAAGGAAGUGCCGCUGGCGGACUGGGUGGACGUUGAUGGGGACAGUCCUGAGUUCUCUCCUUUGUUCUACAUGCAGGUGACACGAUUUCAAGGCGAUGGAUAUGCUAUUGGAAUCAGCUGUAGCCUCCUCUUAGCUGACCCUUUGUUUUUAAUCGAAUUCCUCAAAUCAUGGGCUGAAAUCCAAACCCAAAUGCUAGCCCAAGGCCUCCUUACGAAAACCUCAAUUUUCCACUUGGGCUAUUUCCAGACGCCCACCCAUCCCAAGCACGUCAAAUCUAUCCCCUUUGAUUCCGCUGCUGAAAAUACCGCCACUAUUUUAUUCAAUAUAUCUUACAAUAAAGGCCGAGACGAAUUGCCCUACAAGGCGAUCGCCUCUGCUUGCCUGAAGGAAGCUGCAGGGAGAGUCAACAGUAAAGUAGUGGACAAAUUCUGUCUCAUGAUCAACUACGGCAAUAGUAUUCCCAAGGACUUGAGGAUAGAAUCAUGCAGAAGGGCGGAGGUACCGUCACCACCUGUCGAUCUUCGAUUGGACAGCUCGAUUAAGGUGGCGCAGUGGGACCAGUUGGGGAUUGAGGAGUUGGUACUAACACAAGGAAAUAAGCCGGUUCAUGUGUCAUACCAUAUGGUAUCUCCUUCCUCCUUUUCUUCUAAUAAUGAAGGGUUGGUGGUGAUCAUGUCACCCUACAAGGAGAUCAAAGGUGUGUUUGAGAUGAUGAUAAGUGUGACAAUCCCUAAGAAGUAGAAAUUGCUAGUCCCCAUGUUGCUAUUAUUGGUGUUUGUUAAUUGGAUUAAAUGUGCUUAGAGAAUUGAUUUGUAAUAAAGGAUGUUUGUUGUUACUUGCAGACCAUAAUAAAUGUUUGGUACUAUUCUUUCUUUGGCUUUGUAAA